UUACAUUUCUCGACAAUGUCGCCCUCUGCCGGUCAAACGCAGAAGUCUACCGUUACCAUGCCUACAGGAUCUCAGAGUCGGUUCGAGUAUAAAGUUCUGUCGUCUCAUCGUUGUGGCGCAAACCAGGAAAUUUCAGGUCACUUUCUAAGACGUUCGUGCCGAAACAGCGACAUGAUGUCCAGGCGAACCGGCUGGAGGAACGUUCCCAGCGACACRGUGAGCUCCCACCAGGACCAGGCCCUCRGCUCCACCGUGUUCCUGCUGCGGUCCUUCGGCCCGACUGCCUUCCUGCUCAGGGAGGAUGGAGAGACGGCAAACUUUAAGGUGUGCCUGGGCGAGCGGCAUACGUGCACCUGUCCAACGUUCGCCAGGGAGCAGCAGCCGUGCAAACACAUCUGCUGGCUUUUGCUGAGGAAAUUCCGGCUACCCAGAGAGCACCAGUAUGCAUUUCAGUCGGGGCUAUCAGAGCGCCAGCUGCUGGAGGUUCUCCAGGGUUCACACCAGGCUAAAGCCYCUGCUGCUGGGACUCCCCACCAGAGCCUUCCAGGACAAGAGACCGGAGUCAUCUGCCGGAAAAGGAUUCAGAACCAGGACGUGUGUCCGAUCUGUCUGGAGGGGCUGCUGCAGAAAAAACAUCCCGUGUGUUACUGCAGGUACGGCUGCGGUAACAGCGUCCACAUCUCCUGCAUGAAGGUGUGGGCUCACCACCAGGGUCUGUCAGAYGGCCAGGAGAUGCUGCGGUGCCCCCUGUGCAGGGAGAGUUUCAGCUCCCUGCAGCUGCUCCAGGAGCAGGCGAAGAACGCAGCCAGGCUUUUCACGGCUGCUGAGAGGGAGCGAGCAGACAGACACCUGGGAGUGGUCUGCUGCAGCUGCAGAGCCGGCCCGGUCACUGGGACCUGCUACAGAUGCAGCCUCUGCAGCUCUUUGUAUCUCUGUGAGACCUGCGUGAAGAAAGGCAGCCACUCGCAGCAUCCUCUUGCUUCAAGAACAACAAGAAAAGAAGAGUGGACUCCUGUGACUGUGGACUCCACCCUGGAUCCAGAGCCACGGGAUGGAGGCGCUCCGGCGGAGCCUCCUGCGGACAUCGUGUUGGAGCGUGUCCCCGCGGCCAAGGUGAGGCGAGGCUCUCGGCUGCUGGAUGAGGGGAUGCAGUGUCGGAUCUGCCUGUGGGGAUUUAGUCAAGGUCAGCAGCUCCGAACUCUGCCCUGUCAACACAAGUUUCACAUGGACUGUGUGGACCAGAUCCUCCUGAGGUCACGCUCCUGUCCUCUAGAUGGAUACGUCAUCUACUGUCAGAGACCGACAGACAGGAAGAAGAGCUCUCCUGAGGUCACCUCUGUCCAGCACCAGGAAGACGACCUGAAACACCUGUUUGUCCCUGGGACAGCGUUGCUCGCUCAAAGUUCCAAACCUUCUCCUGCGCAUGGAGCUCCUAACUCAGAGGUAUCGAUAGAUGCCUUGUCUUUUAGUCGGCCAGCACAGAAUUCCAGCAUGAAUCCCCUCAAAAAGACUCAAGGCUUUCUCGGCACUUUGGCCUCCGGGAAAGCCAAAGUGCAUCUGAAAGACGUGGACAAGGAGACUGUUAGAGACGCAACGGGAGGCGGAUUGGAGCUGAGAAUGACCGGAUUUUCAAUAAACAAACAAUAAAAGCAGACGAGGAUGUCUGCACGUUUCACUCAA